AUGGCAUUACCAGUGCAAAAGGUGCGGAAUCACUUAUUUUUCAGUGCCCACGAGCCUAAGAACCUGGAGUUCGCACUGAACUACCAGCCCCUUGACUGCGACCGUAUAUUACUGGCGGGCCCUGCAUCUGGAGUCCAUCACUGUCUCCAUGUAUUGAAAAAUAUAAUGAAUAGGAUGGACAAAAUUGAGCAUGGUCAAUACGUAUACUUUCUGGAUUCACAUGGCUUCCGCGUAGUGGACAGCCAGCGCGGGGAACGGGAUGCAUGGAAUCCUACCCUAUUGGCCACCCACACGACCCUCAACCUAAUCGCGUAUAAUCCGCGUCCGAAGUACUUAAUUAUAAUCCGAAACCCGAAAGACAUUUGCGUUUCGAUAUACCGGUCGUGGAAAUCGCAAACAGAUCUCAACAUAGAGUUCAACGCAUUCUUCGAGAUGUUCAUCACUGGUCGGGAACUCCCGUACGGCGACUAUUUCGAGGCUAUGAGAGUUCAGUGGGAGCACCGGGAUCGUGGCAACUGUACGCUCAUUACGUACGAGAGUUUGGUUGACAGCCCAAAGAAUAGUAUCCUAAAAAUGUCUGAAUUCUUGGAUUUACCCAACGCGAGGGCACCGGUAGUAAUGACAGCACUACUCUAUAUAAUACAGACAAAUGAUGUCAAGUGGGACGGAAUGCCCGGCGACUGGAGAGCCGUUUUGACCCAAAGUCAGAGCGAUUUGAUUGAUGAGAAGGUUAAGGACGUAUGGAUGGGACGGGUUUGGAGUCGCUUUGGGAACGGGAGAUGCAAUGGUAGACACAUUUGGAUGACAAACAGAUUUUAA